UUGCCACUGCAAAAAUCAAUCACAAACACGUACAAUAUUUUGUGAGUGAGAGCAGAGUAGAGAAGCCCACACCCGCAAGAAACUCUAUCUGGUCGUUGAGGCGUCACCGAAUCAAUCAUCGUCAUAAUCACAGCACCGUCGAUCACAACAAACCCAUCAUCCAUGGCGGAUUCCUCCGGGACGACGCUGAUGGAUCUGAUAACUUCUGACCCGUCGACGGCAUCGGCGGCUCCUCCUCCUCCUCCAUCGUCGUCGGUGGCAUCUUCCGCUCCACUGCCGCCUUCCGUGCCUUCGGGCAAGUCGGGGCAGCCGGAUCGGAAAUCGAAGAAGACCACUCUGAUGCAGAUCCAGAAUGAUACCAUUUCUGCUGCCAAAGCUGCUUUGAAUCCAGUCAGAACCAACAUCAUGCCCCAGAAACAGAAGAAAAAGCCAGUUUCUUAUGCACAACUUGCUCGGAGUAUUCAUGAACUAGCGGCUACAAGUGAUCAAAAAAGUUCCCAGAAGCAAUUAGUGAACCACGUGUUCCCAAAACUCGCCGUCUACAAUUCAGUGGACCCUUCACUGGCACCUUCUCUUCUCAUGCUUGGUCAGCAAUGUGAGGAUAGGACUGUUUUGCGAUAUGUCUAUUAUUACUUGGCUAGAAUUUUAUCAGAUACUGGUUCUCAAGGUUUAACUCCUGGUGGUGGGAUCCCUACACCAAACUGGGAUGCUUUAGCUGACAUUGAUGCUGUUGGAGGGGUGACUCGAGCUGAUGUCGUACCUCGGAUAGUAGAUCGGCUCAGUUCAGAGGCCUCAAAUAUUGAUGUUGAAUUUCAUGCACGGAGACUGCAAGCAUUGAAAGCUCUUACAUACUCUCCCUCAAGCAACUCUGAAAUCUUGUCCAAAUUGUAUGAAAUUGUGUUUGGCAUUCUUGAAAAGGUUGGUGAUGCUCCUCAGAAACGUAAGAAAGGCAUAUUGGGUGCCAAAGGUGGUGAUAAGGAGUCCAUCAUCCGGAGUAAUUUGCAAUAUGCUGCUCUAAGUGCUCUGAGAAGACUUCCUCUGGAUCCAGGAAAUCCAGCAUUUCUCCAUCGUGCUGUACAGGGGGUUUCAUUUGCUGAUCCAGUUGCAGUGAGGCAUGCCUUGGAGAUUAUAUCGGAGUUAGCAACCAAAGACCCUUAUGCAGUUGCAAUGGCAUUAGGAAAGCAUGUUCAACCUGGAGGAGCUUUGCAGGAUGUUCUCCAUUUGCAUGAUGUUCUUGCUAGAGUUGCACUGGCCCGUUUGUGCCAUACAAUAUCAAGAGCUCGGGCACUUGAUGAAAGGCCUGACAUUAAGUCUCAGUUCAAUUCUGUACUCUAUCAACUCCUCCUGGAUCCCAGUGAAAGAGUCUGUUUUGAGGCUAUCCUUUGUGUGUUAGGAAAAUUCGAUAAUGCUGAGAGGACGGAGGAACGAGCUGCUGGGUGGUAUCGUCUUACCAGAGAAAUUCUUAAACUUCCAGAAGCACCAUCUGUAACAUCAAUGGAACCUAAUGCUGAUCCUAAAAAUCCCGUUCCGCCAAAGGCCAAAGAUAAAUCUCAAAAGACAAGGCGUCCACAACCCCUUAUAAAACUUGUAAUGAGAAGGUUGGAAAGUUCUUUCCGUAGUUUCUCUAGGCCUGUACUUCAUGCAGCAGCAAGAGUUGUGCAGGAGAUGGGAAAAAGUCGGGCUGCUGCUUUUUCCUUAGGUUUACAGGAUAUUGAUGAAGGAGCUCAUGUUAACACAUAUUCUGAAAAUAAUGAUUCAGUUGAUGCAGAUUUUGAGAACCCACUUGCCGAAGGUCCCCGCAAGGUUUCUUCUGUAUCUAAUGGAGUUGGCGGCAAGGACACAAUUUUGGGUUUAUUGGCUUCGUUAAUGGAAGUAGUGCGAACAACUGUAGCAUGUGAAUGUGUUUAUGUUCGGGCAAUGGUAAUCAAAGCAUUGAUCUGGAUGCAAAGUCCACAUGAAACAUUUGAUGAACUAGAAUCCAUUAUUGCUUCAGAACUCUCUGAUCCAGCUUGGCCAGCAACGCUAUUGAAUGAUAUACUACUCACUUUGCAUGCUCGUUUUAAGGCUACUCCAGAUAUGGCUGUCACUUUGCUUGAAAUUGCGAGAGUAUUCGCCACUAAAGUGCCUGGGAAGAUUGAUGCUGAUGUGCUUCAACUACUGUGGAAAACGUGUCUUGUUGGAGCUGGUCCUGGUGGAAAACACACAGCUCUGGAAGCAGUCACAAUAGUUCUUGAUCUACCACCUCCACAGCCUGGGUCAAUGUUGGGACUCACAUCAAUAGAUAGGGUAUCUGCCUCUGAUCCGAAGUCGGCUCUGGCAUUACAGAGAUUAGUCCAGGCAGCUGUUUGGUUUCUUGGAGAAAAUGCGAAUUAUGCUGCUUCUGAAUAUGCUUGGGAAUCUGCUACCCCUCCUGGAACUGCAUUAAUGAUGCUAGACGCUGAUAAAAUGGUUGCUGCUGCCAGUUCUCGUAAUCCUACUCUGGCCGGUGCAUUGACUAGACUUCAAAGGUGUGCUUUCAGUGGUAGUUGGGAGGUUCGAAUCAUUGCAGCUCAAGCUCUUACAACAAUGGCAAUUCGAUCUGGUGAGCCUUAUAGGUUACAGAUCUAUGAAUUUUUACAUGCUUUGGCACAGGGUGGGGUACAGUCUCAAUUUUCAGAUAUGCAUAUUAGUAAUGGGGAAGAUCAAGGGGCCAGUGGUACCGGGCUUGGCUCGUUAAUUAGUCCAAUGUUAGAAGUUCUGGAUGAAAUGUAUUGUGCACAAGAUGAACUGAUCAAGGAUACGCGCAACCACGAUAACACGAAAAAGGAAUGGACGGAUGAAGAACUUAAGAAACUAUAUGAAACCCAUGAGAGGCUGCUAGAUCUUGUUUCACUAUUUUGUUAUGUUCCAAGGGCGAAGUAUCUACCUCUAGGGCCAACAAGUGCAAAACUUAUUGACAUCUAUCGCACUCGGCAUAAUAUAAGCGCAUCAAGUGGCCUCAGCGAUCCAGCUGUAGCUACAGGGAUUUCAGAUCUUAUUUAUGAAACUAAAGCUACACCUGCUGAGCCCGAUUCACUUGAUGAUGACCUAGUAAAUGCUUGGGCAACCAAUCUCGGUGAUGAUGGUUUGUGGGGAAACAAUGCACCUGCAUUUAAUAGGGUUAACGAGUUUCUUGCUGGUGCUGGUACUGAUGCUCCUGAUGUUGAGGAGGAAAACAUUAUUUCUAGACCUUCAGUUAGUUAUGAUGAUAUGUGGGCGAAGACGCUUUUAGAGACUACAGAAGCAGAUGAAGAUGAUGUGAGAUCAUCAGGGACUUCUUCCCCAGAGUCAGCAGGUUCCGUUGAGACAUCCAUAUCAUCCCACUUUGGUGGAAUGAAUUACCCGUCACUGUUCAGUUCAAAGCCGUCUACCUAUGGGACUUCACAACCUUCGGAAAGGUCGGCUCCAAGCAGAUUUAGCAAUCCUUCCACUGGUGGUACCUCAAUGUAUGAGGGUCUUGGCUCUCCGAUUAGAGAAGAGCCUCCACCAUACACAUCACCUGCUCUGCAAAGAUUCGAGUCAUUUGAGAACCCCUUGGCUGGGAAUGGUUCAAACAGUUUUGGGUCCCAUGAUAAGGAACAAGCUUCUUCAGGGAAUCCGCAAUUUGGAACGGCACUUUAUGAUUUCACUGCUGGCGGUGAUGAUGAGCUAAACCUGACAGCAGGUGAGGAGGUCGAAAUUGAUUAUGAAGUAGAUGGCUGGUUUUAUGUGAAGAAAAAACGGCCCGGAAGGGAUGGGAGAAUGGCGGGGCUGGUCCCUGUCCUCUAUGUCAGUCAAUCUUGAUACGGUUGAUAUAUAUUAAUACGAGGUCCAACAAUCAUUCAUUGUUUUACAAUCAAAUCAGAUCAGGUGAAGUUUUCCCGCAAGCAUUCUGGAAUGGCUUGGCUUAUAGUUUGUUCGGUUAUAAAAAUGCAAGUAGCAAGAGGUCCCUUUUCGGCUGAUUGACUUGGCCUAUAGUUCUUGGGACUUGCUUUCCCACCUCUUUUAACCAUUGACUCAGGUUUUCUCGAUAUUCUUUCCGUUUUUGGCUGAGUUGAGUGAGCUCAUUAGGAGAAUUAGCCAGUGCGUGCAUUUUAUAUUUAUGAUCUUGUGUGUAACAUAGUUUUGCCGUGGUGUUACAGUUUUCACCGGUAUAUGUCGUGUAAUUGUAGAAACUUAUUUCUUUAGUUACAAACAGUUUUUAUAGUGAUAAUAUCUAUAUAUAUAUAUAUAUAUAUUUUAAUUAUUGUGAUUUU